AUGGCAAGAGCCGGACAGGCAGAGAUUGCCGCUUUCGUCGGGGCACAGCCUCCACACUUGUUGGAACCGGAGGAGCUGACUACCUACACUGGCACUUACGCAUUCGCGUUCCCUUGGGCUACUUCAGAGGAUGAAGCAGAAUACCCUGACCGGGUAUGUCUCGACCGCCUACCUUGGAGCAGGUCAGCCCGUGGUUCUGAGUCUUCGGAUUGGCUUGGUGUAUACCUCCUCACUCCCAACUACCGCACCAUUUCCUGUGCGCUCAGGCCUUAUCCGAGGAGCCUUGAUGCGGUUGCGGAUCUUCUCAUGCGCUUUGCGCCGGGAGUCCCUUCGAGGCUUUUCGAUCUGGUUGUUCCUUUACGCCCGCAAAGGUCUGAUGGCUUUGGCUUCUUCAUCCGGUUCCCUAGUAUCCUUCGAUAUAUUGGCACAACUGGCUUUGCUGCUAUUGCCUUCGAUUUGACCCGAGUCGGCGGUAAGUACUUCGCGGCCGUGUUGCCUCGAGAGCUCGGAUGCCAUGAGCUUCUCCAGUACGUCAUGCCUCUGACCUCUGACGAUGAUGCGCCACUUGCUAUCUUUGUAGGAUGUAGGGCCAAUCCUUGGCCCGAACACGCUUGGGUGCAUCUCCAGGAUGGGGAUGUUGUCACAGUUACCCGCGGCCAUCAUGCGGGUCCCGCUCGCAUCCGAGUCGAGGAGCUCUUUCAGGAAGACGCGAGGUGGGGCCCCCUGCAUCAUGCACUUGCAGUAGAAUCCCCAUUUGCUGUUUGUGUCCUUUUCCAAGGGUUGCGAUAUUCGAUCCAGCCCCACUUCCAUUUCGGAGUCAAUAUAGUGCAGCACAUUCUUUCCUGCUUCCGGGUCGAUCCCACCCGGACUGUCACUUGUGCAUUUCCGAUUGUUGACGCCGAUGUCCAAGGGGACCGCUGCUCUACGGCCAUUUUCGUGGCUGAGGAUCCGCGUUUUGAGGCUGCUGGCCACGGAAGGUUAGAGCCUAUUUUUGUCCUCAUCGAUCCGCGGCCCCUCGGGCAGAAGCAUUUCUGCCUACAACUUGAAGAGCCUGUAGCAUUUCCUGCCAGCGAGCUUGGUUCACUGACCUCGCUGCCUGAUACAGGUGAAUCAGGUUCAGUCUCUUCUCCUCCCCCCGGUGCCACCGGCGCAAUUGGCCCGGCACGGGAUUCGGACGGUAACUCAGCUCACAUUGAUGUCACUAUCCCUGAAGGACACAGCUGGAAUACGGGUGUCGAUGACAGAGGGGUUACUAUGCCUAUUGACGAGCCUAUCAUGCCUGCUGCAGGUCCGUCUGAUGCUCUCUUUGCAGCAAUCAGCUCCCCUCGUACUGCUGUAGCCAACGAGGGGUUUUCUGCUGCCGAUGAUAGCACAACUUCUAUGCAUACUGCAGCGAGCGAGAUUAGUGGUACCCGGCCCGCCACCGUUGUUCCGGACGCGGACGCAGUCAUUGAUGUGGCCACGACAUCACCGGUUGGUGAUUUCCCCGACCUUACUUCUGGAGCGAUGCCGGGUUCUGCCUCUUUGAUCGUUUUGGUCUACAUGCCGGAGUUCUCGCCAGACCUCAUCACUCUGACGGUAAGCUUUCCGACCAGUGUGGCCCUUUUUGUGUCGCGCCUGCAGGACGCCAGAUCCUCGGAGCUUGUGGUAAGUUUUCCGGACCUCUUUCCGGUUGCGGCACUUGGCCACUCCUCCGGCCGUCCGAGUGGAAGCUCUUUGCGGGAAUGGCGCGUCACUGAAAUUCAGAUUUUAGCCAGGACCGGGUUGCCUUGCCCGCGUUCCCUCUUAUCUGCCGAGCGGUUGCGCUUCCUCCUGCUCAUGGUACGUUCUGGACCCGAUUUCGCUUGGGCACUUAUGCAGCACUUUGAGGCUUUUUUGGAGGGGUUGCGUUCUGCCUCGGCUUGGCUCCUCGAAGCCGUACAAGGCUGCUCUGCGCUUGGGCAUAUUGAGACUUCCUGGUCUCAGUGGGAGCAAUUGAUGGUCUCUGCACCGGGCCGUUUCAAAGGGCUCAUCAAACGAGCUGAACUCUGGCACAUCGAGUCCUGCAAGACACGGGCUGCCUGCGCCACCUUCGGCCGUACAGUAUGGCCGCCCGCUCCCCCUCGUGCUGGUCCGGACCUCUCUGCGUGCACUCAGGAUUCUGGCCACGAGAUCUGCCCUGAGCUUGAUGAUGCUCUCCGCUCCGCUACCAUAACUACGGAUCAGCAGAUCUUCGACUUGGUGGAAGCUCAUGUGGCCCCACUCCCGGUGUUGCGUCGAACGCUUGAGGAAUGGCAGGCUUGCCUGACGGAUGACGAGUUGAUCGCUGCCUGUGCUGACGUGCUUCUUGUACUUUGGCCAGAGCACUUAUGCGAUAAGGUCGCAGGCAAAGCAGACGUUCCGGCGGCUGAGCCACUUGACUCCAGCGAAUUUUGCCCUGCUAUCGUCCCUCCGCAGCCUGUGAGACCAUUUGCUCCCAGACCUGUUUUCUGGAGCGGGCACAUUGCUUGCAGUUGGAUUUCUCGCUGGGGCCUUGGCUUGUGCCCUCCUGCCGAAUUGCCUGUCUUUGACUCCUUUCCGGAGCCUCUUCCUUCGGCCUCCGGUUUCUGCGUCCACUUCCCUCCUCCUCCCUCCCCGUGCUCUUCUUUCUUCCAGCCUGGUGCUGGUCCUGUGCACCUUCUUCGUGCGAACAGGCAUUGGAUUGAGCGGGUCACUGACCUCUCGGGGAAACUGGUCCAGCGAGCUCUUGCGGGCGUACCUGUGCAUCUUGCCUUUCCAGUCAAUGCGGAUGCCAUCAGCCCCUUUUCAGAGUGGUACUACCGAAAGAUCGGCUUGGGCUUUGCCACGCCCAAGGAGGCAAUCUCAGGCAAUUUUGUUGACAAGAAGUGCCCCUUCACUGGGAACGUCAGCAUCCGCGGAGCCAUCCUCAAGGGCAUGUGCAUCUCUACGAAGAUGAAGCGCACCAUCAUCAUCCGACGCAACUAUCUGCACUACAUCAAGAAGUUCAACCGAUUCGAGAAGCGCCACAGCAACCUCGCGGUCCAUUGCUCGCCGGCUUUCGAGCCCAAGGAGGGUGACAUCAUCACUGCUGGCCAGUGCCGCCCUUUGGCGAAGACGGUGCGCUUCAACGUGAUCAAGGUGGACAAGAAUCAGAUCUUCGGAUCGGCGCGAAAGCAGUUCGCCCUGUUCUGA